AUGUACCAGAGCCUGGCCAUGGCCGCCAACCACGGCCCCCCUCCCGGCGCCUACGAGGCGGGCGGCCCCGGCGCCUUCAUGCACGGCGCGGGCGCCGCGUCCUCGCCGGUCUACGUGCCCACGCCGCGGGUGCCCUCGUCCGUGCUGGGCCUGUCCUACCUGCAGGGCGGAGGCGGGGCCGCGGCGUCCGGGGCCUCCUCGGGCGGCGGCUCCGGCGGGGCCCCGUCGGCGGCCGGGCCCGGAGCCCAGCAGGGCAGCCCGGGCUGGAGCCAGGCGGGCGCCGACGGAGCCGCCUACACGCCCCCGCCCGUGUCGCCGCGCUUCUCCUUCCCGGGGACCACCGGGUCCCUGGCCGCCGCCGCCGCCGCCGCCGCCGCCCGGGAGGCCGCGGCCUACGGCGGGGGCGGCGGGGCGGCGGGCGCGGGCCUGGCCGGCCGCGAGCAGUACGGGCGCGCGGGCUUCGCGGGCUCCUACUCCAGCCCCUACCCCGCCUACAUGGCCGACGUGGGCGCGUCCUGGGCCGCGGCCGCCGCCGCCUCCGCCGGCCCCUUCGACAGCCCGGUGCUGCACAGCCUGCCCGGCAGGGCCAACCCCGCCGCCCGACACCCCAACCUCGAUAUGUUUGAUGACUUCUCAGAAGGUAGAGAAUGUGUCAACUGUGGGGCCAUGUCCACCCCGCUCUGGAGGCGUGAUGGGACGGGGCACUACCUGUGCAAUGCCUGCGGCCUCUACCACAAGAUGAAUGGCAUCAACCGGCCCCUCAUUAAGCCUCAGCGCCGGCUGUCCGCCUCCCGCCGAGUGGGCCUGUCCUGUGCCAACUGCCAGACCACCACCACCACUCUGUGGCGCCGCAAUGCUGAGGGUGAGCCAGUGUGCAAUGCCUGCGGCCUCUACAUGAAGCUCCAUGGUGUUCCAAGGCCUCUUGCAAUGCGGAAAGAGGGGAUUCAAACCAGAAAACGGAAGCCCAAGAACCUUAAUAAAUCUAAGACACCAGCAGGUCCCUCAGGCGGUGAGAGCCUUCCUCCUGCCAGCAGUGCUUCCAGCAACUCCAGCAAUGUGGCCACCAGCAGCAGUGAAGAGAUGCGCCCCAUCAAGACAGAGCCCGGGCUAUCAUCCCACUAUGGGCACAGCAGCUCCAUGUCCCAGACAUUCUCAGUCAGUGCGAUGUCUGGCCACGGGCCCUCCAUCCACCCAGUCCUCUCGGCCCUGAAGCUCUCCCCACAAGGCUACACAUCUUCUGUCAGCCAGUCGCCACAGGCCAGCUCCAAGCAGGACCCUUGGAACAGCCUGGCCUUGGCUGACAGUCACGGGGACAUAAUCACUGCAUAA